AUGAAUAUGAAUCAUCAACAUACUGGCAUUAAUGCUGGUAUUACAUCUGCAACUGCUAAUAUCAAUCAAAAGAAAAGUAAUCAACAUUUCGAUUCAAGUAGUAGUAUUUUAUCUGAUUAUGAUGAUUUGAUUGAUGAAGUUAUUGAUGAUUCUCUGCUGUAUGUGUUAUUCAAUCCUAUCAAAAGAAAGAAAGAGAAUGAAACUACCUUACAACAACCAUCCCAAAAUGAUUCUGAUAUAUUAUCAUUAACAAAUACUUCUAACACAAAUUCAAACUUCCGUAAUCAAUAUCAUUUUGUAGAAGAUGAAGAAGAAGAAGAAGAAGAUUAUGAUGAAGAUGAUACUGACGCAGAACUAGAUGAUGAUGAUGACGUUGAUGCCAGUGUUAAGCAACUUGAGCGUACUAUUGAGGGUCAAUCUAAAGUACCGCAUGAAAACUAUUCUGAUCUUGCCGAGCAAGAAGAGUUAGAUCAACCCAUGAGUAAAAUAUUAUCCAAUAAAAUCAACAACUGGUAUAAUUCAAGUGUGACAGAUCAGCAUAAUCAAGUAAUUGAUGACAAUAUUGCUAGUUGGAAUCUUGAUGAGAAUUUAAUUCAGGAUACUUUAUCGUCGAAUCAUACAUUAACAUUUACAUCUUCAUCAAGCGAUUCGAGUCAAAGACAACUUAGUAAUCUUAAACCAUUUUAUGGCGAUGAAUUAUUGAAAUAUUUAAGUCCUCAAGAAUUAGAAAAAUUCAGAAAUUUUAACAAAUUAAUUGAUAUAAAGAAAUUCUUAUUAGAGAAGGAUUCUAAUCUGGGAACAUCUAUUAUAACUCAAAUUUUGAAUUUAUUAUUAUUGAAGAAUCAUACGAUAAUAACCAAUAAGAGUAAUAAUCAAAAUGGAUCUGAAACAUUAGAUGAAACUAAAUUGACACAAUAUCUUCAGGAAAUGAGGAAUAGAAACUCAAUCUCCAUUAAUAAUGACUUGUAUGUUCGUCCAAAAACUUAUUCAGAAACGACGAAUUCUUCUUUGGUUUUAUGUGGUGGAGUUGGGUUUGGAUCGGGAUCUUCCUGGAAUGACAUUUAA